UGCACCUGCAAGACGUCACGAAAAGCCACGUCAUUUUGGCAAUUUGCGUACGUUGACUUGGUUUGUGCAGAGUUGUUGGAUGAAGACCGCAAAUAUGUCGCCAAGUGUUGUUGCCGUCAUCGUCCUUCUUGUCGUCAUCGGUCUAAACUCCAUACAUGGACUGACGCCGUUGAGGGAGGGCAACUCUAGCGACAUGUACAAGUGGAGGCCCAUUCAGGUCUACGUUGUGGGAGGCGACGACCACGGACCCCACCACAGGUACAGAUCAAUACCAAGGCUUCGGGAAUACGGCCAGGCUUGGCUGAACAUGGUGACACUGCACUCCAAGAACUACCGGUGUUCUUUGAAAUUCAACGUUUUUGCGGCGCGUAUGAUUUCAGCUAAUGAAACUGAUGAAAUCAAUCAACGUUAUAUACACGAUCAAAAGUUAUCGCCAACGAUGUAUCUCUCUGCUCCGGAUCCCAACUUUGAACAUGCGGACAUCGUGCUCAUUUUCUCAGAACCGGGUUACUGGGACGAUAUAGUCAACACAAGACACCAUUUCGGGAAAGCGAAACUGUGCACCGCAACCAAGUUCAUCCUAGUGCAUGAAAGGCCUUAUGCUUUCGCCGCUAUUAUCCCGUUCUUCCAAGAGCUUCUUGUCAUGAUGGGAGGAGGACUGAAAGACUGCAUCUACAUCGAGGAGAACCCGGAGGCAUGCUGCAACAGAAUUCGUUUGGAGUACAAACGGGCUCUCACUGGUGCUGACGGUUACAAAUGCUACAAUACAGAGAAGGCAUGCUGCACACCGACGGUGGCUGAACCGAAUGCGUUUUCCGUAGAUGCCCUUAUGAGUACCAAGGCUUUAACAGGAGAGUAUCAGGAUCAGACGUGGGAGCCAUCAAACCCCUGCAACACUCAACUUCUACGAAAUCCAGGAGAGGACCUUUCUCUUGGACUGGACUUGCCCGAUGGUGUGCCGUGUGAGCCCUUUGAAAGUGACCCGAAUCGUCCUGAAUGUCCCAAACGGUCAACAAAGGUCUGCAUCAAUAGUACAUGCACCGCAGGAGGAUACUAUGACAGGUUGUAUACCUUGCGCACCAUCUGGAACCUGCCACUGGAAUCAAGUGAGGGUCCUCAGUGCAGGACGUAUGUCUAUGAAGAAAAUUAGUCCAUAAACUUCCUUCGUCGCCCACAUUGUUAUGUAUGAUCAUUGCAGAGGCUGAAAAAUAAACUGACUAAUCAAUAGCA